AUGGCUGGGGGCUUUGAGGCGAGGGGCUCUGCUACUAGAGGAGUCGAGCAGGCGCUUGUUGCUCUGAAGAAGGGUGCACACCUCCUGAAAUGUGGGAAGAGAGGGAAGCCCAAGUUAUGCCCAUUCAGGCUAUCUUCAGACGAGAAAAUGCUGAUAUGGUAUUCCAAAGAGAGGGAAAAGAGUUUGAGCUUGAGCUGUGUGUCAAGUGUAGUUCUUGGACAUAAGACAGCAAAACUUUUACGUCUGCAAUGGCCAGAAAAGGAAUCGCACUCAUUAUCAGUCUUCUACAAGAAUGGUGAAUGUUCACUUGACUUGAUUUGCAAAGAUAGGGAUCAAGCUGAAUAUUGGUAUCUAGGUCUAACAACCUUACUAUCAGUUCCAUGCAGUCCAGUACUUUUGAUUGACUCAACAAGUAGCCGUCGGAUAAACAGCUGCACAAAUAGCCCUCCUAGCUAUAUUCAGCAAAGGAGUAAGCUAUUUGCCGUGCAUGACACAAGAAAGUACAAACAGGUACACUCAAUAUAUGGCAGUCCCAGGCUGAUGCAGAAAAAUGUUUUGCAAAGCAAUUUGGAUUAUUCAGAACCAUUCUUCUCUCCAAGGCAAAGGACAUGGUCAGACCUAGACCCCUAUAUGGAAAAGAUCACUCCUGAAGUGGUUAAUAGAGUAAAAAACAGUUGCAGGGAUAUAAAAGUUGUUGACAAGCUUAACGAGCGAAUAAUUGCCCAAUUGCCUAAACAAAAAUCAUUUGAGGGGUUACAUGUGGCAUAUGGAACAAAUUCUCUAAAGGACAUCUUUGUCUGGGGAGAUGUUCCUGGCAAUGUUUUAGACUACGGAGAUGUAUCAAAAGCCAAUGUCUCACUUCCAAGGUUAUUCAACACGACCCAUAUUCUUGAUGUACAGAACGUUGCUUGUGGGGAGAAACAUGCAGCUAUAGUUACUAAGCAAGGAGAGGUCUUCUCCUGGGGAGUGGAUAAUGGUGGGAGAUUGGGGCACAAAAUGAGUGUCACUAUAUCAAAUCCUAAAAUUAUCGAUUCUCUCGCCUCUACACGAGUGAAGGCUAUCGCAUUUGGAGCAAAGCACACUUGUGCAGUUUCAGUUUCAGGAGAACUUUAUGAAUGGGGUGAAGGGACUCACUGCUUGGGUUUGUGGGGUGAUCAGUAUCAAAGAAGCCAAUGGUUCCCACAUAAAUUGUUAGGUCCAGUGGAUGGCAUCUCUAUCUUGAAGAUUGCAUGUGGUUAUUGGCACACAGCUAUCAUAUCCUCUGCUGGCCAGCUCUUCACAUAUGGAGAUGGAACAUUUGGUGUUCUUGGACAUGGUGACACGCUAACUGUUGCUCGGCCCAAACAAGUGGAGUCCCUGCAAGGGCUAAGAGCCAAGGCCAUCGCAUGUGGACCAUGGCACACGGCUGCUAUUGUAGAAAGAAUAGGCACUGUCAAGAGCAAUGCUCCUAGUGGGAAGCUGUUCACAUGGGGUGAUGCGGAUAGAGGGAAGUUGGGUCAUGCUGACAAAAAGAUGAAACUUGUACCAGUUUGUGUUGAGCCACUCAAUGAUUUUGAUUUUGCUCAGGUAUCCUGCGCAAAGGCGCAGACCAUCGCGCUUACAAUAACUGGUGUUGUUUUUACCAUUGGAAGCAAGGAACACAGACAAUUAGGGAACCCUCUGUCUGAGGACACAUCUAUUUGGUUGGUUGAGGGGCCACUUAAGACAGAGUUUGUCAGAGAGAUAUCAGCAGGCUCUUCACAUGUAGCAGUUUUGACAAUGAAUGGAAAGGUGUUUACAUGGGGCAAAGGAACAGAGGGGCAACUCGGUUUAGGUGACUAUGUUGACAGGAGCUCCCCAACUCUAGUGGAGGCCUUGGAAGAUAAGCAGGUGCACAGUAUAGCUUGUGGUAUCAACUUCACUACUGCAAUUUGUUUACAUAGGCCACUCUCAAGCAAGGACCAAUCCGUAUGCAGCAACUGCCAGCUAGCAUUUGGCUUUACAAGGAAGAAGCGCAACUGUUACAACUGUGGUUCCAUAUUCUGCAAUUCCUGCAGCAAUAACAGGGUUUCCAGAGCAGCUCUUGCACCAGAUAAGAGCAAAAGGUACCGUGUUUGUGAUCCAUGUUUCAGUCAACUGCAGAAAGUUGAGCAGCUUAGCAAAUUAGGUCCGCAAUUGAAGAUCCAAAAGGAUGAGGUAUGUCCGAUAGAAAUAAGAUCAUAUACACCAAAACUGGCACGCAUAUUCAAGGAAGCAAAUGCCAUUAUGGAGAAAAUGGCAUCAGCACAAAGUCCCCAUCAGAGAAGUCAGAACUUUGCUGCGGCAGAUCAAGGGAGGACACUAAGAUGGGGCCUAGUAGAGUGCCCCAGUCAAUUCAGAUGUGUGCGAAGCAUUCCUUAUUGUUCAACAUCGAACAAACACACAGUCGCUGGUUCUGAUGUAUGGGCAAUCAAUGAGAGAAUGGCACCAAAACCUACCAGCUCUUUCCUCAAAUCUGCUAAUGAUUCAAAAGAGGAAUUAGAUUUGAUGGAAAAUAUAUUAUUGGAAGAAGUGAAACAACUUCAAGAGCAGGUAACCACUCUUGCAAAACAAUGCCGCCAUAGGAGCCUGAAAGUUCAGCUGUACAAACGAAAAGUUGAGGAGACUUGGCUGAUUGCCAAAGAUGAGGCUGCAAAGUGCAAAGCUGCUAAAGACAUAAUUAAGGUUUUGACCGAUCAGCGUGAUUUUUUAUCAAAGAAGCUUUCGGCUGGUGAGAAAUUAGACAACUCCAGAACCAUGCCUAGACACACAUCCAUUGCAAAAUCAGUAAAAGCAGAAUUACCGGAUCCACCUGACAAAAAUGUAGUCACCAGAGAACUUCAACAGUCGAAGAGCAACAAGGAUCACCACAACAGCAGGCAAGUGGAUAGGGGAUGUACACAGCCUUCAAAUGCUUCCACGGCAGGUGACUGGGUUACGCAUCAGAAUUUCAGAAGAACUUCCACUGGCAGCACAGGAUGCACCGAGGGAACAGAUGCCACCACUGCUCCUACCGACUCCAACGGUGUGAUCGAGCAGAUCGAGCGCGGGGUUUAUGCAACCGUGGUUACAUCCCCCGGUGGGAAGAAGUGCAUCAAGCGCAUCCGGUUCAGUCGGAAGCACUUCGGGGAGGAGCAGGCGCAGAAAUGGUGGGAAGCCAAUGAGAGCAUGAUUUUUGCAAAGUACAGCAGCAUGGAGCAGACGUUGGGGUAAUCUCUCCUCCAACUCCAAGCAGCCGAAACCAAACGAAGAAGAAUACACCGGAAUAGUCAGCUCUGCCGCCAAAUUGUUCAUAGGACACACUAGAAGUAGCCCGAAGGAUGCUGCUGCUCGGUGAAGCCGUAGAUUGGAUGGGGAUCAUGGACAAAAUCAUAAAAGGGAGGUUGAGAAAUCAAUUGUAAGCUGCAUCCGGGUGCAGUUGGAUUCCGGAAUUUUGGAGUAGGAUCUGGGGUUCGAGUGUUUAACCUCUCCAUCGUUUGUGCAUGCGCGUUUGAGUUG